AUGGCUGUUAGGAAGAAGAGGAAACAAGAAAGUGAUCAGAACUCAGCGGACAAGGAGCCAGAGACCGAAGCCAAGUCUAAGAGGAACAAAGUUGAGAGCGACUCAGAUUCUUUUAAUGAGGAGCAAAAUGUUGCAGCUGGUCCACGGAGGGAAAACCUACAGAGGAAUCUACCAGCAGGGGGCAGCGUUUCAGCAGAGGCGACGCUGCGGUCGGUUCGGACAGAGUUUAUUGACAGAGUGUCUAAAUCUAAUUUAGAUCAGCUUCUGGAUAAACUUCUUCAGUGUGGUGUUAUAAAUGAUGGUGAAAUGGAGUCGAUCAAAACAGGAUCUCGAGCAGACAAAGCUCGAGAUUUGAUUGACACGGUGCGAGGAAAGGGAAAUGAACCCAGCUCACACUUCAUCGCUGUCCUCUGUGAGCUGGAUCCAAACCUUUCCAGACUGCUCAACUUAACAGAGUUUAAGAAGAACAAAGUUGAGAGCGACUCAGGUUCUUUUAAUGAGGAGCAAAAUGUUGCAGCUGGAGAGAAACAACCAGCCAUGGUGGCAACUCCAGAGUGGAAGAGAGUCCAACCCCUCUCUAGAAGACUGGUUCCGGAGUCCGAGUGGGCCAUGUUCCGUGCCUCCAUUGUCAAGGCGGCUGACCGGUGCUGUGGCCCUAAGGUGAGAAAAACCAUCAGGGUUCUGAAGUCUAGUGGCCAACUUCAUGAUUCAGAAGCCAUCGUUGGGAAAGUUAUGCAGAAAUCCGGGCUGCGCAGAUCUAAAACCAAGGAUGGCAAUGGGACAGUUUUCUUCUAUGUGUCAAUCGCUGAUGACACAGACUGUAUUAAACUUAUGGUUUAUGGGAAACCCCACUUUCAAGAUAUCAAUGAAGAGUGCUCCUACUUGUUCCGAAAGCUAAUAACCGAUGAAAAGGGCGUGAAGGUUAACAAACACAGCAAAGUGUCGGAGACGAGUGCUGUCAAAGUCCCAGAGGAGCUAGAGAUGGAAGCACGGGAACUCAUUUGUGUCCAGAGUCAAGUUUACUCGAUCACAGAAGUCAAAACACUUGCUGAGAAGUAUGGAGUGACUGUUGAAGGAACUGUAACAGAGAUUUAUCCUGUUGUAGAAACGGAGGUGACGGCCCAACAGAGGAUGACAAAGAAGCAAGAAUUCCUCCUACAGGAAGACAAAGAGUCCAUCAGCAUCUGCAUGUGGGGAGAAGACACUGAGCAGAUCAAAGACAUAUCAGUUGGAGACGUCGUCAAGGUGACCAACGUGAAGACCAGUCACUACCAUAGUACUGUGUCCCUGAACUCGACUGGAUUCACCAGAAUUCUUCCGAUUGAAAGGGCUCCUGUCCAGAAAGCCAGAAUUGAGAUUCAGGCGAUCCAAAGUACCGACCCCACGCAGACGUUCCUGGAGGCGGUGUACAACGGGCUGAUCGACACAUUUGUCGUGUCCACUCAACUUCUGGCGAGCGAGUUUAAGUUAAGACUGGACGGUGAUUUAAAAAAAAAUCUUCUUAAAAAAAUGCCAUUCUCAGCAGAUGUAGAAAUACAAGGGAGAAAAAUUCAUACAUUUUUUUUCAUCACAUAA